AUGGGAAGAAGCCUUCCCGGAUCAAGCUCUAUAAAGUUUCAUGAGCCCGGCAUUUCGUCGAACAGGAUGGCUCGCCUGGCCCUCCCCAUCAAGCUCUUCGCCCGAUGGCUGUUGCCCUUCUCCGGCGGCACAGCUUCGAUCGGCUCCUCGGACUGUGCGAUUUGCCUUUGCAGGAUGGAGCGUGGUGAGGAGACGCGAGAGCUCAGAUGCCGACAUCCGUUCCACAAGUCCUGCCUCGACAAGUGGCUGGAGCAACCGGGGAGGUGUUGUCCGGUUUGUCGGGAGGAUGCUGGUGCAGGUGAGAAGGCGUCAGAGAGCAGGAAAAGAGCUGAGCUGCGGGAUGGUGGCGUCAUCGUCUUCUUUCCCUGGGAGGAGGAGGACUUCCGCAGUGAUGCGUGGUGGAUAAGGUAG